AUGUUCGGAUGGGCUGGUGGACUGGGCCUCGCGCCCGUGGGCUGUGAGCCUGAGAAAGAACGCCGGCCCCCGUCGGCCCCAACGAGCUUGGACUUCCCUGCCCAUACCUCGGAUACGACGGGGAACGAGCCCGAGUCCUCCCUGAGGGAGAUAGGCAGCAUCCUAGGUUCUAUCAAAAGGCCGCAGGAUAUUUCGGCCGAAAAGUUCAAAGCUUUCAACCUGAGAGUAGAGCAUGACAUUCCUGCCUCAGCCAUCGUUCGACAGGAUGUCCCCAACUCCUGCCCCCCGCUGCCGUGGGAGGACGAGUCCCUAAAUCCGUCGCCCUUGGCAGAAGAUGGAUCCCCUAUCUUGCUGGAAAAUGGUAAUCCGUACCCACCAAAGGACAGAUUCGAGGUGCUGAAGGACGAGCUGCUUCUUGACAAUGACGAUGCCUUCCGAGAGGUCGGCAGACUACCUCCGCGGGAAGGCCGCCAAAAGGUCCGGGUGACGCAGGCGAGAAAGUUCUGGAUGGGGUUGGAACGUAUGUCACAAUACUGGGAUUCGAGCUUAGAUCGCUACUACGAACGUCCCGCGACGCCUCAAGGCACGCCACAGGCGACCGAUGGCGAGGUACAACCACCUCAGAACGAGAGCCAGACGGGAACGGAAAUGAACCUCGAUGAACCGCCCACAAACAAUGAUCAGAAAGACGGACAAGCAGAAUUCGUGACGAUGUAUCAAGGUCGACGCAUAGCGGCGGGACAUGAGAUGCCAGAAGAUAUCCGCGAGGAGACGAUUCGAGCGUUGACCGAGAUGGCUGCUUGGCCCUUCGGGUGCCAGGUAGCCCUUCCAAUCAUGCCUCCCCGACUCACGCUCGGUACACUUCUUUUCCCCAUUCGGCAGACCUUUGAGGUCGCUCGAUCCCCCAAGGAUCGACAAUUGGCCCGAAGCGGCGUCAUGGAAGGGCCUCUAUUUGCAGCCCAGUGCCGACCCGAAACUUCCUUUCGAGCACCGCAGGAAGCCACGGGCUCAGGCUUCGGUGAGGUGUGCGAUCUCUUUCGAGAAUUAGGAAGCAUGCUGCUGGCUGCCCAAGAGCGGCUGCGCCAGGGAGCGACCGAAGUCAAACCUGGCGAAGGGAAAUGGUGGACGAUGACGCCUCGGUGGGGUGGCGCCUUCAACGACGUUGUGGGCGACAGUGGCAACUUUAGCCAUGGCGAUGACAGGCCAACGCUUGAUGCCGGCAAUGUUCGCAAGCGAUCCAAAUACGAGCAUCCAUUCUUUGCCCCUCGAAGACCCAACGGCUCACGUCGACUGAGCAACGCGGAAAGAUGGAGACUCGUUCAGCCAGGGCCCAGUCUUUGGGACCGACGGAUGAGGUAUAUUCAAAUUGGAAAGAGCCAGGACAGCGCUUUCGACGACAUCUAUAUGCUGUCCUCGAUAAACCACCACAUUGCCAUUCUUCAUCUGCGCGUCCAUCAUCGAUACAUCGAGGUAUUGACAACAGGCGACAGCGAUUUCCCCCCAGACUCUGAUACAGCGGACCAUCCGUGGCAUGUUCUCAAGAUGCGGCGGACCAAGUGGUAUGAUUUGUUUGAUGCUCAGGAUCGCCUGGAGGUAUUCAAGGGAAUAUGGACUAUAUUCCAUUACAUGCUCCGUCGGCCUUGA